AUGUCAGCGGCACCAUCGAUAUUCAACUCGAGUACAGCCGAUUUGCAUCAAGGAGCUCCGGGCUGCCGACGAUACCGCACCGAUGCUACCAUUCUGCUUGUCGGUUUCAUUGGAGCAGGUAAAAAGACUUUGGGCUUCAUUGCGUCUGCUGCUCUUCGUCGGCGCUUCAUUGAUUUCGAGGCAGUUUUCCGGACCAAGGUCCAAACAUCACCCCAAGAAUUUACUGCAGCUCAUGGAUUUGUACGAUAUCGCGAGGUUGAGAUUGAGCUAUGUCAAGAACUUUUGACUAAGCACCGAAAUGGUUGCGUUAUCGCUGGACUCGGAGUCACAGCUAGCCUUGCUCGUCCGGGUGUACUGGGAGCCUUUUCACAGCAUCAUCCCGUCGUGUACGUGCGAAGGGAUAAGGCAGACCUUCAAAACUUCCUAGGAGGCGACCCAGACAGGUUUAAUCGGAUCUUCGAAGUUGGAAAUACCUUCUUUGAGUCGAUUUCCAACUUUGAUUUCUUCAACAUCACGCAGGAGCCGACUCAUCAAGCGGAAAGCAAGGUUCACGCAUCCCUCAAACUCAAAGAGAUUGAGCGUGUGUUUGUGGCUUUCUUGUAUCGCAUAUUUGGCCAAGCACCAAAGCAACUUUUCUCCGCUGAUGCAUUUUCCGAGGCCCAUACAUACUCACUCCAUGUUCCCUUGGAUUAUCUCGAGGGCAAUAAUCUGGAUCUGGAAACAUUAGAUGCUGGGGCAGAUGCCAUCAGUGUUCUAUUGAGUUAUAAAGACUACGCUCAUCCAGGUGUUGUGGAUAGACUCUCGCGUCAUAUGGUGACUCUCAGAAAGCAUACCCGGGUCCCAAUCAUCGUUGAUGCGAGCGCAGAUGCGCACAAACCAGCUGAACUAUACUGGAGAUUUUUGGAAAUCGCACUACGAGUAGCUCCCGAUGCGAUCACCGCUUGGCCAGGGAGCUUGGAAGUCAAUCGACGCAUCAACUCUACGAAGGGCCACUGCAACAUUAUUGCCCUCCAUCAUCAGCCGUCUCCGCUAGAGGGUGAAAAUUAUGCCUCGUUGAUACCUUUCAUUCGGGCAUCAUUCGAAGGCAUGGACUUUGAAGCUCUACGCCUCACUGGUGGACAUUCUAUCGCGGAAGAUACACUUUCAUGUUUGGUUUUUCGCCAAAAAGUGACAAAUGCGCUGAACAUUCCCGUUAUUGCAUAUAAUGAUUGUCCCGAGGGGCGCGCUUCGAUUAUUCUCAACCCCACCUUGUCUCCAGUCUCUCUGUGCUCAAAUGGGGGGUCUAAACUCUCCAUGCGAGAGGCGCAACGGGCACUCAGCUCGUUGUCUCUGCGUCGGAAUAAAUGCUUCACGAUUGUUGGUCAAGAUGUUCGCCUCAGUCUGUCACCAGCAAUGCACAAUAGGGCAUACCACUCCUGUGGGCUCCCACACACUUAUGCCUACCGGCAAAUCCAGGAUUUUUGUGAAAUCGAAGACAUCUUCAGGGAGCCAUCUUUUGGUGGAUUGCUAAAUGGAAUUACCAUUUCUCUGCCAUUUAAAACAGAUGUCUUACGCCUACUUGACGAGGUCAGUCCCGAUGCUAAAGACAUCAACGCAGUAAAUACUGUAGUACUGGAGUACCGGAUCGAGUCAAAUGGAGCGAAAACUCCUUUUUACCAUGGAUACAACACAGACUACAUCGGAAUCAAGGAUUGCAUCUACAGACAUCUAUCUCCUGCAAAUGCCGUUCGAGACGUUACCACAGCUCUGAUCAUAGGUGCUGGUGGAAUGGCGCGUGCUGCUGUGUACUCUUGUUAUCAACUCGGAGUGCGCCACAUGUUCGUUUAUAACCGAACUCCUUCAAAUGCACAAAAGCUAGCUCGCUACUAUAAUGAGUGGGCGAGAUCCAAGGGAGAUGGCAGCUUUCACUUGGAUGUGAUAAAUUCAAUAGAUGAUCCAUGGCCGUCGGAUUUUCGCCUGCCAACAAUCGUGGUAUCGUGCAUUCCUGGGAGGCACGUUGGAACCCAAUCACCUGUUGAGCUUCUGAUCUCUGAAAAGUGGCUUGAGAGUCGCACUGGUGGGGUCUACGUUGAGGUAAGUCGCUGUUCCACUCUCGAGCAUAAAAGCCAAACUAAAAUCUGA